AUGACGACAGCAUCAGCUCGUGGCGGAGGCGGUGGUAGGGGUCGUGGUAAUCGCGGCGGCUAUGAUGGCGACCGUGGUGGUCGCGGAGGUCGUGGAGGUCGUGGAGGUCGUGGCAACUUUGGCGGCCACCAAACUGAAGGAGGUCGCGGGCGUGGUAGAGGCCUCACAGACGAAGACAAGGCUGCAAUGUCGACAAUCCGACCUAGGACGUUCCAAAUUUCGAGCGAGGGGACCGACGACAUCAUUGUAGCCAACCCAGAGGGCGUUGUGGUCCACCUCGCCAGUAUGAUUCUCAAGAAGCAAGAGGUUGUGGGGCACUGGUCACAGCGCCAGAUCCGUUUUUUUGUGAAUUCCUGUUUACUUAACCUUUCCAACCAUCACGGUGCCGAUACUUCGGGUGUUUUGCGAGACAUGGCCUCCGAUACGGGGCUGAACAGACUGAAGGAGAUUAUGCUGAAGCCGAUGUCGAUCGAUGCCGGGGAUGAGCGAUCCGUAAUGUCUUUCCAGUAUGUUAUCUUGCCGCUGAUCGGCGUAUUGACGAGGCAAAAGGUCUGCCAGACAACGAUGACGAGCGAGUCGGGUAUCAUCUACUCGACCGUCUACUUUCACCGCCGACAGUUCCUCGAGGACGGUGUUUUGCGCUGCAUGGAGAAUCUCCUGAAUCGAGGCUCCUUGGACGACCGCAGCGGGUCCGCGCAUGUCGUUCUCAGCGAUCCUGGCGUCUGCCGAGUGGAGUCUCUUCAGCGAGCCUUGAUCGCGAUAGUCCGCCUCGUGUAUCAGUUGGUCAAACGCAAACGAGAUGCCCAGAUCGAGAUGGCCGACAUGGUCCAGGACCUCCACGAGCUCGUCCUCCGAUGUACGACCCUCCCUGCCAACGGCAGUCAUGACACUUUCGAGAAUACAAACCUCACGCGAGAGAUGGACAGAUUGCAACAGGUCGUCAACGAUGCCCAAGACACCGUCAUCCGCCCUGUUGAGCCUUCUCCUAUGGCUGCCCAUGUUUCUUUGUCAGGAGGCAGACAUGUGAACUUGGUUCAGCUUCACCAUAACUACGAUCCUCCUGGGGAGUUGUCUGAGGAAGGUCCUCGCCACGACAACGACCACCUUGGAAUAUCGGAUAUCUCUGUGCUCCCCACCCAAAAGGAGAUCGUCUCCAAGCGUCAACCCUUCCUUCCCUCGAAUGACAUUGCAGAGGCUCCUCAUUUCCUGCCACCUGGCUGGCGCCGUCAAGUCGACAUCCACUUUCGAUUGUACCGCGAGGACAUGAUGGACUCUCUCCGUAAGGGCGUCGGCUCAUUUAUAUCUCUUCUCGAAAGUACCGACAAGAACAGCGACACCACCCUGUUGAAACAGAAGGAGCUCCGCAAGCAACUUGGCGACUCUGUCAGCCUGAACGUCUACGGAGACGUCCAGUUUGAGGGCAUGGACAACACCAAGCAACUCGCCGGCUCUAUUGUGAUGUCGUUUUCCCAGCCCCCGCAGAUUGUGGGUGAGCCGACCAAGCGCCGCAAGGAGUUUUGGGAACGAUCCCGUCGACGUUUGAUGCAAGGAGCCCUGGUGUGCAUUGCCAGUCGUGCGCCUUCGAAUUCUGCCGGCUUCCAUUCCGACCCUCAGAACUUUCGGAUGAUUCUUGGUAUUAUCACACACCGAGACGUCGACGUUCUGGCUAAGGAUCCUAAAGUGGGGCAGAUUCACAUCUCACUAUCUGAUCCCUUGUCGUAUUUGCUGAUGCUGGACUCGACCCGCCAAAACGCAGCUGCCGAGCAAUGGUUCCUCGUAGAGUCUACAGGGUCGUUCUUCGAGUCCUACCGACCCAUUCUCAAGGCCCUUCAGAUCUGUGUUCCUGCCACCAUGCCUUUCGGCAAGUAUAUCGCGCCCACCUCAGAGGAGAUGCUCCAGUUCGUUGCACAGAAGGGCACCAUUGAUCCUCCGCUUUACACACGCGCGCCCGAGUUCCGCUUCGACUUGUCGAUCCUUCUCGAGAACAAACGGCCUUGCUAUCUUGAGGCGGACAACAGUCAAUCUUUCGACAAGGCAAUCGAAAUGCUUCGAGCACAUAGCAUGCUCGACAACACUCAAGCUUCCGCCUUGGUCGAGACACUCUCCAGAGAGAUUGCUCUCAUCAAAGGACCUCCCGGUACGGGAAAGACCAAGAUUGGUAUCGACAUCAUGCGCGUUCUUCUGCACAACAAGGCUGCCAUGAACUGUGGCCCAAUCCUGUGCAUUUGUUACACCAACCAUGCGCUCGAUCAGUUCCUUGAGCACCUUCUCGACGAAGGAGUCACCAGCAUUGUCCGUGUCGGAGCCCGUUCCAAGUCUACUCGUUUGGAGGAUUGCAACCUCACGAGCCUUAUGCAAUCGCAAGAUAAGCCAUUUGAUGUUCGUAGAUCGCUUCGAGAGGCGUUCGAACUGUGGGACGAGGUCUCCAAGAAGAUUGGCGGGCUCGAGAAGGCCCUCAAGGACAAGAACUUGGACUGGGAAUUCGUUAGUCCACACCUGAUGAUGUCCAACCCAAAGCAGUGGCGGCAGCUCAUGCACCAUCCCGACAAGGACGAGAUCGAGGAGGAGGAGGAGGAGGGCUUUACCAGAGUGCGUCGUAACCAAGAUCAAUCCCCUUACCUGCGGUGGGCUACCUCAACUGACCUCAAGGAGAAGGACGAGUGGAACAGGCUGCAGGAAAAAGAGGAAGCGCGUCAGAAAAGCAAAAAGAAAAAGCGAGACUUGAACAGAUUCGAUGCUUUUAGAGAUGACAAGACUGGGGCAGAUAUUUUAUUGCCUAAAGUAUUCGUUCCCAGGACCAACCGGCCUCUUUCGGUACUCUUCAAUGGUGAUGUUUGGACCAUGUCCUCGGUGGAAAGGCGACGACUCAUUGAAGCUUGGAAACCCGAGGUCUUGGAGAUGAUGAUGGGUGAGAUGACGCAGCUUCUCCGGCAGGUGGAGGAGAUCUCUGUCAAGAAGAAUAAUGCCUUCGACGAGAUCCGACGUGGUAUUCUCACCAAGGCCACGGUUAUCGGUAUGACCACCAACGGUGCUGCCAAGCAUCAGACCUUGGUCGCUGCGGUCGCUCCCAAGAUCAUCAUCUGCGAGGAAGCCGGCGAGGUUCUUGAGGCACAUAUCCUGGCUGCUCUUUCUGCGUCGACCCAACACCUUAUCCUCAUCGGUGAUCACCUUCAGCUGCGACCUCAGAUCGAAACCUAUAGCCUUCAGUCCGAUUCACAAAUCGGCAAACAUCAUAACCUGGAUCGAUCCCUUUUCGAACGUCUCGUUACUUCCAGUACCAACCCGCUGCCAAUGUCCGAGCUCACCAUCCAGCGCCGAAUGCGACCCGAGAUCUCCAGCCUGAUCAGGAACACCCUCUACCCCGAUCUAGAGGACGGUGGAGAUGCGCUGAAACAUCCAGAUGUUGCUGGUAUGGGUGCGAACCUGUACUUUAUGGAUCACGCCCACCCAGAGGAUGCCAAGGAUCAGUACGGUAUGCAGUCGUUCUCUAACACCUUUGAAGUCAAGAUGGUUGAGGCUUUGGCUCAUUACCUGAUCAAGAACGGAUACGACCAGCCUGGUGACAUUGCAGUCUUGACUCCCUACCUCGGUCAACUUUCCAAGCUGAGAGACCAUCUCCGCCAAAGUUUCAUGCUGGUUAUUGACGACCGUGAUAUGGAGCAGCUGGAGGAGAAUGAGGCCGAAGGAGGCAUCGACACUGAAGCGGCUCAAGCGGCUCCUCAGAUCGGCGUCAAGAAUGUCAGUCUCCAGAACCAUCUUACUCUGCGCACCAUCGACAACUACCAGGGCGAAGAAGCGAAAGUGGUCAUCAUCUCUCUGGUCCGUAGCGAUGUGAGAACUAAGGAUUCCAACUCAUCGGGAUCGAUUGGUUUCCUCAAGUCUCCCAACCGCACCAACGUCCUGUUGUCUCGAGCUAAGCAUGGUAUGUACCUGAUCGGCAAGGCCAGCCUCAUGAACCGGAGCCAGAACGGAAUCUGGCCCACGGUCAUGGACGAGCUCGAAGAAUACGAUCGCAUUGGAGAAGGCCUUCCAAUUAUCUGCAAGAACCACCCGGAUACUCUCCGUUAUGUCGAUACUCCAGAGAAACUCAAGAUUAAUGCUCCUAAUGGCGGUUGUACCAUUGCAUGUGGCCGCAGCAUGCCUUGUGGACAUGUAUGCCCGCUUCACUGCCAUCCUGAUGACCCAGCCCAUUUGCUGGUCAAGUGCAGAGAGCCGUGCAAUCGACUUAUGCCUGGUUGUGGACACGUGUGCCCCAAGCAUUGUGGAGACAAGUGUGGGCUUUGCAUGGAGGUUGUCUCACCAAUGGCUUUGCCAUGCGGCCACAUCCUGGAGGAGCCUCGGUGCUGGCAGAAACGAGAUCCCUCCAAGAUCGUCUGUACCGUCAAGGUUCUCCGCAAGCUUCCACACUGUGAGCACGAACUGGUGAUGGAGUGCCGGAAGGACCCUCAGCAGGCAAAGUGCAACGCGAAGUGCGACAAGGAACUCGAAUGUGGCCAUAAGUGUAUCCGUUCCUGCUGCGCGUGCCAGGAGUUGUCGUCUCCUGAGGCCAAGAAGGUCGGAGCACUACCUACUACCAAGGAAAUCGAACGAACGCGCCAUGGAGUCUGUAAGAUCGAGUGCGGCCGUACUCAGUUCUGCGGCCAUAGCUGCAAGGCCUGGUGUCAUGGCAAGGAGCCCUGCCCACCCUGCAUACAAGACUGCGCGGUGAUGUGUGCACAUUCCAAAUGCCACCUCCCCUGCGAUACCCCAUGUGCCGCCUGCAGCGAGCGCUGUGUUUGGGAUUGUCCUCAUCAAGGCCAGUGUAAUAUGCCUUGCGGAGUUCCCUGUGACCGUCUUCCUUGCAACGUGCGCUGUGACAAGAACCUUCCCUGUGGUCAUCAAUGUCCUUCUUUGUGCUGUGAGGUCUGCCCCGAUGUUAAGUACUGUGUCGAGUGCAAGGAUCCUGAGACCAUGAACAUGUAUGUCGAUUUCCUUGAGGGGAAGACACUUGGCGAGGUGGAUGUCAACAAGGAUCCUCUGUUGGUUCCUACUUGUGGUCACGCCUUCACCAUGACAAACUUUGACGGAAUGAUGGAGAUGAGCGAGUACUACAAGGAGCGAUUCGAUCGUGUCACCGAAACGUCCACCUUUGUCGACAAAUUGAGCUUGCCCAGCGAACAGGUCUCUCAGAUUUGCUGCUCCUUGUGCCGCAAGCCCAUCUUGGAGUUCUUGCGGUAUGGUCGCCGCGUCAAGUACAGCCAGCUGUCGAUGCGAAACAAGAAGCACGUUCAAGUCCAGGCUGCCAGCAUCCAGAAAGCACAGGACGACUCCGAGGUGGCUCGGAUCCGCGUCGUAGAAGCCCACAACGAGUUUAUGACGGCGAUGGGCAAGUUCAAGGCCGAUCCGAAGGAGGAACCGCCCGCCAGGGAUUCCAAGACACUGGGGAGACCGCCGAACAUGGAUGAGGUAUUUCCUGGCAGCAACUAUGAGAGGAUCGCAGUGUAUGGGCUACCCAAGGAGCAGGAGAAGGCGUGGAAGAAGUUGGUAAAGCCUUUGAGCCUGAUGUUUAAGGCAUACAAGGAUAUCAACGAAAAGGCUAGCAACUCACCCAACAAGGUGCUCUUUGAGGCUGCCGUCUCGCACCUCUACCGCGUCAAGGCCCAGGAGAAUGCCCUUAUUGACGCUGCAGGUGGAGUCGCGGAUGAAUCCACGAUGGACGAGAUGAUCCAGACCUGCAUUCUUGAGUGCGGUCUCCAGGCGGACGGCAAUGGUGGAUCUUCGUUUGUGGAAUCCUUACAGGAACGAACAAACAUCUUGCUGUUGGUCCUGGUUGAAGCAGUGGCGGCAUUGGAAAAGGCAGGACCGUCGUCAGGCUGGUUCUGGUUCGUCGAGGAUCUGAUCCAGUGCGCAAUGGAACAUGUCAACAUGACACAGAACGCUGCCAUCAAGGGCAUCUUUUCUCGACACGUCACCUAUGCUGGCCUCACCCGUAUGACGCUUCUCUGCCACUGUGUCCAGCAUAUCGGUCGCAAGUCGCUUCCGCGGGACCCCGUCGGUCAAGCAGACCGUCGCCGCACUGUGAACGAACUGGAGGUGUUGUUUGCCCAGCAGAUGGUAGAGAUUUCCAACUCUCCGCUUGGAAUCAGGGCGGAAAGCGAGAAUAACGCUAAGAUCCUGAAGAAGCGCAUGGACACGGCCUGCGCGGUUGCCAGGGGUGAAGGAGCAAUCUCUAAGGAGGAAAAGAUGGAAAUCUUCCGUGCGAUCAGUGAGAACAUGCGCGGGUCCGGACAUUGGUACCAGUGUCCCAACGGUCAUCCCAAUGUGGUAUGGCCAUGGAGCAAGCUCGUUGCCCCGAGUGUGGAGCCUCAAUUGGCGGCGGCAGCCAUGCACUUCUUCAAUCCAACAGACGGGACACUGAAAUGGAAGGGCUGUAUCAUACAAGACGAUAGAGAGUUUGUCGUUGCUGUCUUGCGAUGGAUGGUGGUGGGCUCGCUGAACGAUGAAGAGUUCUAA